AUGGCCUCCGCUCUCCGCUACAGCGCCAAGAUGCGCAUGGUGGCUCGUGUCCCUGCUGCUCGUGCUCUUUCAACCACCGCUCGCCUUGGUGCGGCCGAGAAGCCCUUCUUCCCCAAUGAGCCCGCAGGCCCCACGCUCGCGACCGCCAUUCCCGGCCCCAAGAACAAGGCUGCUGCCGCCGAGCUCGAUGAAGUGUUUGAUGUGCGCAGCAUGAACAUGCUGACUGACUACAACAAGUCCGUUGGUAACUACAUUGCCGAUCUUGAUGGCAACAUGCUGCUUGACGUCUACGCCCAGAUUGCUUCUAUCCCCGUUGGAUACAACAACCCCCACUUGAAGGAGGUUACCAAGUCCCCCGAGAUGGUCAAUGCCCUGAUCAACCGUCCGGCUCUGGGCAACUUCCCCUCUGCCGACUGGGCUCACAUCCUGAAGACCGGUGCCCUCAAGGCUGCCCCCAAGGGCCUGAACCAGGUCUUUACCGCCAUGGCUGGCUCCGAUGCCAACGAGACUGCGUACAAGGCCGCUUUCAUGUACUACCGCCAGCUGCAGCGUGGUGGCCCCGAGGUUGAGUUCACCGAGGAGGAGCUCCAGUCCACCAUGAACAACCAGGGCCCCGGUUCUCCCCAGCUCUCCAUCUUGUCCUUCAAGCAUGCCUUCCACGGCCGUCUCUUCGGCUCCCUGUCCACCACCCGCAGCAAGCCUAUUCACAAGCUGGAUAUCCCUGCCUUUGACUGGCCCCAGGCUACCUUCCCCAUGCUCAAGUACCCACUGGAGGACCACGUCCAGGAGAACGCCCAGGAGGAGCAGCGCUGCCUGCAGGAGGUUGAGCGCCUGAUCAAGGAGUAUCACAACCCUGUGGCCGCCGUCAUGGUUGAGCCCAUCCAGUCCGAGGGUGGUGACAACCACGCCUCGCCCGCUUUCUUCCGUGGCCUGCGUGAGAUCACCAAGCGCAACAAGGUGCUCUUCAUCGUCGACGAGGUGCAGACCGGUGUUGGUGCCACCGGUAAGUUCUGGGCCCACGACCACUGGAACCUGGAGUCUCCUCCCGACAUGGUGACCUUCUCCAAGAAGGCCCAGACUGCCGGUUACUACUUCGGCAACCCUGCCCUGCGCCCCAACAAGCCUUACCGCCAGUUCAACACCUGGAUGGGUGACCCAGCCCGUGCCCUGAUCUACCGCGGUAUCAUUGACGAGGUUGAGCGUCUCGGCCUGGUCGAGAACACCCGCAUUACCGGUGAAUACCUGUACUCUGGCCUUGAGCGCCUUGCCCAGAAAUACCCCGAGCACUUCCAGAACCUGCGUGGUAAGGGUCAGGGUACCUUCAUUGCCUGGGACACUCCCAAGCGUGACGAGUUCCUGGUGAAGGCCAAGAGCGUUGGUGUCAACAUUGGUGGCAGCGGUGCUCAGGCUGUCCGUCUGCGUCCUAUGCUGGUCUUCCAGAAGCACCACGCUGACAUUCUCCUGGAGAGCCUUGAGAAGAUCAUCAAGCUCCUCUAA